AUGGCCCCGACGGUGACGAGCGAUUCCAGCGACAACUUUGAAGCUGCGGCUUCACGAACAGCCAGCGAGAGCAGCAGCGAGAGCAGCAGCCGCGAGAGCAGCAGCGAGAAGCUAAAAGUACCAAGUGCAAGGGACUGGACGAGGCUAGUCGGAGCCUGCCGUCGAACGUCGUGGGCAGAAAGGCCUCAAGACGCAAAGGCGCCAGCAGGAAGAGUAGGCGCCGCGGCGGCAGCAGUAGGGCAAUACGGGAAAGGCGAACCAUGCAGCAACAGGAGGCCAUCCAGCAGUGCUGCAAGCACUGGCAGUAACAGGAGUCGCAGCAGCAGGAGCACGGCAGAGUAUUUUCUGGCGGCAGAAAGGCUUUCGGACCAUACUUCUUUGUCUUCUGACUCUAGCAGGGGGGCCUCUCUUGAGGCGCUAGACUCUGAACAGGGGGGGGUCUCACCGGAGGGGUGUACCCCUGAGAGGACGUCUCAGGCAGCCCCUUCUUUUCUUCCAGAGGCAAGCAGCAUCUCGGCUGCUGCUGCUGCAUUUUUGCCUGUUCCUGAUGCGGCGCAUCGCUUCCUGACGGCUCUAACGCGCAGAUUCUCGCUGCGCACAGACGGCCAGGCGAGUGGUCAGCCUUCUGGAGAGGAGCUGCAGGCUGUGGGGAGCCAAGAGGGGGGGGCCGCCUCGAAGGCGGGGGAGCCCUUAUUACGGAUAGAGCCUCGGCGUCUGCCUUCCGAUUUCUUCCUUGACUUCCCCAUCGGCUGCCUGCACAGUGUCUUUAGAUUCUUGCUGCCAGAAGAGACCCUGCGAGUGGCAGGCGUAUGUGCUGUCUGGAGGGAGGCGGUUUUCGGCUGCUAUGGAGCCUUCGCCUUUGCCACAUCGAUUCAUCUGGAGGGCCCCUGGCUGCGUCUGGGGAAGCGAGAGAGGCAGCACGCCUUGCUGCAGCUGCAGCGGCUGCAGCACUUGAAGGUUCCCGCCGCCGCCUUUUGCCAAAAGGGGGGCCUCACCCUCAAAGAAGUCGCAGCCGUUGUUGCGCGGAACUGCGCCUCGCUCAAGACACUCUCCAUCUCCUCACCCGAAUCGCCUCUGUCCGACAGAUCGCCAGCUCACCGGCCCUUCUCCUUGAGGCCCCUCUCCUUCCCCCGCCUCAUUGUUCUCUGCCUUUUGGGCUCCCAAACUCUCGAGUGGCUGCACGUCUUCUGCAACUGCGAGUUCGCGCAUGUUCAAAAGCUGGAGGUCACAUACUUCCCCCUGCCCAAAGACCACUGGUCUUGGAAGGUCCUUCCCGACUUCACCGCCCUAGGCGUUCGGGGUUUGCAGCGCAUCCUAAAUCAAAUGCCUGCGUUACAGCGCUUUACCUUAGGCUUUCAGGUGCAGAGCGAAAUCGGUCCGGCGGGGGCCCUUGAUCCCCCCGAAGGGCCCUUUGAGACGGCAGAGCAGGAGCCCCUUGAAGACGUUGCCAUAAGAGUGCUGCCCCCGCUGGCGGGGGAGUUGGGGGGCCCCGAACCAUAUGGGGGCCGAUCCCGUUUGAGAGCCUCCAGAGGCCAAAUCACAGAGGCUGACUUGAGCGACAUCUUUGCUGUCGCAUACAUACGGGCAGGAGGUGCUGGCAACUUGAAGCGAAUCGUGUUCAUUCAGAGGGAGCCUCUACAGGCCCCCGGAGGGCCCCCAGAGGCCCUUGGGGACCCCCAAGACGACAUGGGCACCAUCGCGGAAUUCGUUUCUGGCGCUGCCUCCUUUUGCGCCUGGUACGUCGCGGACGUAUUGGAGAGGGCCCCCACAAUUUUUUGA